CCGGGGGCGGGCCCCGCUGCCGGCGGGCGGAGCGGGCGCGGCCAUGGCGCUGAACCUGGCCAAGAACGGGCGGGCGCUGCAGGAGGCCUACGGGAGCGUGGUGGCCGCGGGCAGCCGAACCGACUGGGCUCUGUUCACCUACGAAGGCAACAGCAAUGACCUGCGAGUGGCCGGCUCUGGAGAGGGGGGCUUGGAGGAGAUGGUGGAGGAGCUCAACAGCGGGAAGGUGAUGUACGGCUUCUGCCGCGUCCGGGACCCCAACUCGGGGCUGCCCAAAUACGUCCUGGUCAACUGGACAGGUGAAGGUGUCAAUGACGUGAGGAAAGGAGCCUGCGCCAACCACGUCAGCACUGUGGCCAACUUCCUCAAGGGCGCUCACGUCACCAUCAACGCCCGGGCCGAGGAGGACGUGGAGCCCGAGCUGAUCAUGGAGAAGGUGGCCAAGGCCUCGGGGGCCAACUACAGCUUCCACAAGGAGAGCAGCAAGUUCCAGGACUCGGGGCCCCAGGCGCCCGUGGGCUCUGUGUACCAGAAGACAAACGCCAUGUCUGAGAUCAAGAGGGUCAAUAAGGACAAUUUCUGGGCCAAAGCAGAGAAGGACGAGCAGGAGCGGCGGGAGCAGGAGCGGCGGCGCGCGGAGCAGGAGCGGCAGCGCCUGGAGCAGGAGCGGCGCCAGCGGGAGCUGCGGGAGGCGGCGGGGCGGGAGCGGCUCUGCCAGGCCCGCGACAGCGAGAUCGACGCGCACAAGAGACUGCAGCAGCAGCAGGAGGCUGAGAGCAGGGACAGGGAGCAGCAGCAGUGGCCCUGUCCCUGUCCCCAUCCCUGUCCCCUGGUGCAGAAGGAGCACGCCGAGGAGGAUGAGGCUCGCCGGGGCGUCAGGAGGAGCCAGUCGGUGGAGAAAGCCCAGGAGGCAGCCACGCUGAUCGCGCAGAGAGCCGUCAACCCCCGAGACAUCUUCAAACAGAAGGAGAGAGCGGGGCCAGGGGACACGGGGCUGCCAGCACAGCCAGGCAAGCUGCGCAGCCCAUUCCUGCAGAAGGAGCUGGACCCCAGCCCAGCCUCCCCCAGCAGGGACGUCUGGGGGUCCCCCCCGGCCUCCCCAGGCCCUGCAGCAGGACGAGACUCUGGCUACAGCUCCGGUGUGCCGGGCUCCCACGGCGAGGAGAACCUGUACGAGGAGCCCCCCGAGCCCGCGGCCAUCUACGAGGAGCCCCCCCAGGAGCCAGCUGCCGAUGCCAAGUACGACUACAGGGUGGAGUACCAGGAGUCCCCAGACCUGGCGGGGAAGGGGCUCUGUGCCCGGGCCCUGUAUGACUACCAGGCUGCUGACGACACCGAGAUCUCCUUCGACCCCGAGAACAUCAUCACCAACAUCGAGAUGAUCGACGAGGGCUGGUGGCGCGGCUUCGGCCCCGACGGCCACUUUGGGAUGUUCCCCGCCAACUACGUGGAGCUGAUCGAGUAGGGGCUGCUGGGGGGCUCCAGACCCCCGGGGCUGCUCCGGACCCUGAGCCCACCCAGCUCCAGCCUGGCUCUUCCAGCGACACGUGGCUUUAUUUCUUUAUUUCUUUAUUUCUCUCUUUCUCAGUGAAGUGCCAUUCCCCAGUCCCUCGGCAGUGGAGCUGCCCCCCAUCCCUCAGGGUGGGAAGGAAGGUCCCAUCCCACCCUGAGCCCUCCUCCCUGGGCUCUGGGGUGUGACAAAUCCCUCACGGGAAUUUUCAGGGAACAAAUUCAAGAAUUACCUCCCCCCUGUGCUCCCUCCCUGUAACCUUGGGCCUGCCACAGCCACACUGGACGUUCCCGAGCUCAUUUCAUUGGGGAAGCUCAUCAGAGCCAUUCUGGGGUCCUGCAGGGUCUGACACGAGCAGGAGAGUGACUCCUGGCCCUGCAGCGCCCUGAGCUCACACGUGUGCUCACCCUGUGAUCUCCUCCCUGCCCUCCCCCCUUCCCUCACCCCAAACCUGCUCUGGGGUUUGAACUGGGAGUGAAAUCCUCCCCUGCAGCCUGGCCAGGCGCGUGGGACCCCUCCCCACCCCAAACUCACUGUGAACAAGGAAAAGCCCAGCCCUCCCUUAGGAGUUCCCUGCCCUGCUGUCACUUUAGGAACAAAAGGAGAGAAAGGCUUGGGGGGUCCCAGCUCAGCCCCCCCUCUGCAGGGCUGGGGGCCGUGGGGGCUUCUCUGAGUCCUGCCUGAGCUCAUUCUCCUCCCUGUGCCCCGGGCCCUCCCCAGCAUCAAUAAAAGGGCUUUUCUUUGGUGA